AUGAAACUAUUAAAUUUGGCUCUUUUCUUCACUUUUAUAAUAAAGGUAUUUUCUGUAGAUACUACAACAAUUCAACGUACUGUCGUUGUCACUUCAGGUGUAUGCCCAGAUUGUUCAACUACUACAACAACCAAUCAAACUCCUACACCUGCUAAAAAUGAUGAAAUUUGUACCAAUUUCGUUACUGUCUAUAAUACUAUUGCUGUCACAAAUACCGUAACUCAAACUGCUUCUGUCACCAUCAGCGCUACACAAACUGUCCAAACAACCGAAACAAAUAAAGUAACAAACACUGUAUAUCCAACUAUUCCAGACACAAUUACCAUAACUGAAACUGCAACUGCAACUGUUCAUUCAACUAUUCCGGAAACUAUCACCAUCACUACUACUGAUAUUUCCCACUCAACUGUUGCUUUUACCAUCACUGAGACAGAAACUGUUCAUACUAAUGUUCAAGAUACCUCAGUAUUUGUUAACACAGUUAAAAGCACUAAUGUUGUAACCUCAACUGUAAUUUAUACAUCAACUGAACUCAUCAAGAGUGAAGCUAUCCAAACUUCGGUUGUCACAGUUACUGAAACUGAAUUAGUUACCAAAAUGAAUUCUGAAGUAAAAAUUAACGAUGAAAUGAUUUCUUUAACCGCUUAUGCAACAGAAACAUCUGUUAUUACAUUGACUUCUAACAUUGUAAACACAAGUAUUGUCACACUUGCCACUACCCACACAGUUCAAUUGAACAAUACUAACGUCAUUGAAAAAACCAUUACUAUAACUAAUAAUGGAAAAUGUGUUGAAACUGAAAAAUUCAAUGCAACUAUUACUGAAUAUGAAACUACUACUAUCCCUCUAACUGUUAUCGAUACAACCGUUGUUACCUCAAUGACUGGAUCAACAACUAAUAUCCCAACUACAGUUACCAAAGAAGUUGUCUCUUCUACUGUGAUUACAAAUACCAUAUCAACGGAAUCCAUAAAUACAAUUUUUACUACUUCCACAAAUCUUGUUUCUACAACAUCUACUAGAAUGAAAACUACUGGCACCACCACAACAGAUACCAAUACCAAUUUAGUUAGUAAAUGGAUAACCAAUCAUAUUGAUUCCACAAAUGUAGUUUCUUCUGUCAAUGUCAAUACUGUAUCCACAACAAACAUUCAAGUUCAUACAACUAACAGUGAAAAUACGUCAACUGUAGUAGUUUCGAGUACCAAUUUGCACCCAACUACUGAAGUCCAUGUAGUUACUUUAAGCAGCGGUACCACAUCCACUACUCAUUCUUUUGCCAUUCAAAGUGAAUCAUCUACUACAUCUGUUCCAAGUCAUUCUGUUGCAAUUUAUGAAGGUUCUGGUAAUAUAAUUUCCUCCAAAUUUGCAUUCUUGAUCUUACCAUUAAUUGCAUUAUUAUAG